AUGGCGCAGCCCGCCGAGGAGCUCGAGACCGUAAUCCUGAACGAGGAGUUCCCCGAUCGGUGGGUAAAGAUCGGCACCAAUCUGGAUCCCGACCUCCGAAGACAGUUCAUCGACUUCCUACGGCAGCAGGCGGAAGUCUUCGCCUGGUCUUAUGACGAUAUGCCCGGCAUAUCACCUGAUGUCAUCAGCCACAAGCUCAGCAUCUCCACCGCCCACAAACCGGUCAGGCAAAAGCGCCGAUCGUACGAUGCCGAACGGUACGAGGCAAUGCGUGCCGAGGUUGACAAGCUCAAAGCCAUCGGCUUUAUCAGGGAAGCUACGUACCCUGUUUGGCUUGCCAACUCAGUCAUGGUUCGGAAAGCCAGGGGAGGAUGGCGGAUGUGUCAGGACUAUACCGACCUGAAUAAGGCUUGUCCGAAGGACAGUUUCCCUUACCGAGGAUCGACCAGCUCGUCGAUGCCACCGCCGGGCACGAGCUGCUCAGCUUCAUGGACGCGUAUUCAGGAUACAACCAGAUCUUCAUGGACCCUGCCGAUAGAGAACAUACGGCAUUCAUCACGGAUCGCGGUUUGUACUGUUACAAUGUCAUGCCCUUCGGCCUGA